CUCUCCAGGGCAACCAUGAAGUGCCUCAUCCUGCUCCUUUGCCUUGCUCAGCUCUGUGGCUGCCACUCUGUCCCGCAUGGCCCGAUUCUGGGUUUUAGGGAACCAGCCUGUGAUGACCCAGAAACAGAGCAAGCAGCCCUGGCGGCCGUGGACUACAUCAAUAAGCACCUUCCUCAUGGCUACAAGCACACCUUAAACCAGAUUGACAGUGUGAAGGUGUGGCCGCGGCGGCCCACGGGAGAGGUGUUUGACAUUGAAAUAGACACACUGGAAACCACCUGCCAUGUACUGGACCCCACCCCGCUGGCAAACUGCAGCGUGAGGCAGCUGAUAGAGCACGCCGUGGAAGGAGACUGUGAUUUCAAUGUGCUGAAACAAGACGGACAGUUUUCCGUGUUGUCUGCAAAAUGUGAUUCCAGCCCAGACUCGGCCGAGGACCUGCACAAGGUAUGUCCAGACUGCCCCCUGCUGGCCCCGCUCAACGACAGCCGGGUGGUGCACGCAGUAGAGGCCGCGCUGGCUGCCUUCAACGCCCAGAAAAACGGCUCCUACUUUCAACUUGUGGAAAUUUCUCGGGCUCAAUUUGUGCCUCUUCCAGCUUCUGUCUCUGUGGAGUUUGCAGUGGCUGCCACUGACUGUGUUGCUAAAGAGGUCGUUGACCCAGCCAAGUGCAACCUGCUGGCAGAAAAGCAAUAUGGCUUCUGUAAGGGGACAGUCAUUGAGAAGGUUGCUGGUGGGGAAGAUGUUGCAGUGACCUGCACGGUGUUCCAAACACAGCCUGUGCUCCCGCAGCCCCAACCAGACGGCGCCGAAGCAGGGAUCCUCCCCCCUGCACCGGGCUCCGCGGGGCCAGCGCUUUCUCCAGGGGUCCUGCCCGCGGCCUCCCUGGUGGUGGGACCCAGGGCCGUGGCAGCUCCCCCGAUCCCCGUAUCGCCUGCGCACUACGACCUGCGCCACGCCUUCUCGGGUAUGGCCUCAGUGGAGUCAUCCUCAGGAGAAGCGUUUCACGUGGGGAAAACACCCAAGGUGGCGCAGCCUAGCAUUCCUGCUACUGAAGGUCCAGUUCCAGUGGUCCGCCCUUGCCCGGGGAGAAUCAGAUACUUCAAGGUCUAG